AAGAAAUCUCCACUGGUAGUGAGGAUGGUGGUGGUCUUAAUGUUUGUAAUGGUUUGUGGGGCAUAUAUUUGCUCAAUUUGUUUAAAGCAAAUGAGCCCUCACACAACAGCCAGACUACUAAGCAUCAUAGUAGCUGAACAGCCAUGCAAUGCUUCAGGAAUUGAAGAAUCUGAAAUGCCAUACCUACAUUACCCGAAACCCGAAACAUUUGACAGAGAGGAAUGCACCUGCAAUCUUGUACGAUAUUUUGCAAUAAUGUCGCAACAGAGAUCUGGGAGUGGAUGGUUCGAAACUUUGUUAAACAGUCAUAUUAAUGUGAGCUCAAAUGGAGAAAUUUUUGGGAGAAGAGAAAGGAGGACGAACAUUUCCGCAAUCGUGAAGACACUGGACAAAGUCUACAAUCUUGACUGGUUUAGCAGUGCUUCCAAGAAUGAGUGCAAUGCUGCUGUUGGCUUCAAGUGGAUGCUUAAUCAGGGAUUGAUGGCGCAUCGUGAAGGUAUUGCAGAAUACUUCAAAGAGAAAGGAGUGUCUGCAAUAUUCCUCUUCAGAAGGAAUUUGCUUCGGAGAAUGGUAUCGAUGCUCGCAAACUCGCAUGACAGUCAUGCUAAGCUACUAAAUGGAACGCACAAGUCUCAUGUUCAUUCAGCAGCUGAUGCUCAGGUACUUGCAACGUACAAGCCAAAGGUAAACACAACAUCACUGGUAUCCCAUUUCAGGAAACUGGAGGAGACUGCUGCCAAGGCUGUAGAAUCGUUUAAAAGCACGCGCCACAUUGUUCUUUACUAUGAGGAUCUUGUCAAUAACAGCACAAAACUCAUAGAAGUUCAGGAGUUCCUAAGGUUGCCAUACAGAGAACUUACGAGCCGUCAGGUUAAGAUACACAGUGGCCCCUUAUCACGGCAAAUACAGAACUGGGAAGAAGUCCAGAAAACACUAAAAGGAACACCAUUUGAGAGAUUUCUCCUGUAAACAAUGCCAAUGCUGACUAAGCCAAAUUUAGUUGUUCAUGGGAUUCAUAAGAUUCUCUGUUAAAAAAAAAGACACAAUCUGAUAUCCAAAUACCAAAG